UUACAUAAUGAUAUUUAUUAAGAAGGUGUAUAGUUCUACCUUCUUAUUUCUGCAGAAGAAUUACAUAAAGUUACGCAGGUUUAUAGGAGAAGUUAUUUUCUUUGGCCGAGCUUCAGGCUGGCUAUGUAACUGAGUUGUAUGCUGGAAAACAACUUCUAAUUGAAUUCUGAAUGAAAACAUUUCUUAUUCAGUGCUGAUUCUGUAAAAUCUCAAUUAUUGUUUUGGCUGUUGGUGGUGUAUGAUAUUAAAUGGAAAUAUGCUGUGUGUUUUUUACCUUCUGUCACAAGUCUGAAAAGGGCCAGUUACAUUUACUGAAUAGAAGCACAGAAGGGAGCUUUUUCUCAUCAAGGGUAAAGUUUGCUUUGCCAUGAGUUACGAAAAAGUAUAGAAGUAAGCUGGGUUUUUUUACCACUUUCACAUUCUAGUUUCUGGAAAUAAUGUGAACUGUAUGUGCACAGCAAAGAUAUUUUCCCAUUUUAUGUGUGACACUCAACUUCCCUCUGUGUUGUUGCUUACUCUUAAGAUUUUUUCCAUGAACAUAGGGAGCCAUAUUAAUAACCAAGAUUACUUUCCAUCCAGCAAUUACUUGGCUUACACACAGUUGAUAGUUUUCUUUAAUUCUGGCCUGGGAGGCUUAUUUCCCGCUGGAGUGUGGCUGUGGCAGUGAUGCUGCUGGAUGCUCACAGCUGCUGAAUCAUAUUCUACCUUUUUAAGUUUAUGAGUGUAAUAGAUUUAAAAGCUGAACUUAAUAAAGACUUCCUUUGAAAGGCAACUCUUGAAACCCAGUUGCAACAGUAAAUUUGAGAAAAGUUAAGGUAGGUAAUGCCUUUAUCUUCACUUCCUGAUCUUCAUGUCAUGAUUCAGGCUUUGAACUUUAUGUAGCUUUCAGUGGCAAUUUAUUGACUUGCCAGUUUUUUGUUUACUAUUGCAUUUAACUGCCUCAGGUGAUGAGAACACAUAAAUUUGUCUAAUUUCACAAGGCAAUCCUCUGUUUUCCCAGUUUUCUCACUCCCAACAGAGCACAUGCAGAAGGUGAAAUGCCUUAAAACAAGUUCUACAAAAAGCAUUAUGCUGACCUGAAACAAACUGAGAACAAAGACAGGGGCCUCAGCUUACUAGCUUUGUGGCUUAGGCAUUGUCUUGAUCCUUUCUGCUCUGAGAAUCAUUUACAUGUUUUAUUUUAAGCAGCCAACAGGUUAAAAUAUUGGAUAGCCCUGAAAGAAUGGACUAGGUUUCUUCAUUACUAGCCAAGUACCAAGAUGAGUAAACUGCAGACUCGUGCUGGUUCCUGGUCUCUCCAGACAGUGGCUCUUUGAGUAUCCAUUGCGGAGGGGAACACAGUGGGCAGAGUGUUUCUGGAGUAUCUGUACCUCAGAAUUGCCCGUGUUGUGUGGGUCAGAAGACAGAACAUAGAGCUCAAGUCUUCUGCAAGUUACAGAAGGAAUUGAACCUGCAUUUCCCAUGCACUUUCAAGUGUCCUGACCUCUGAACCUUUGCAUAGGAGAGAGGCACCAACUGCUGGCUCAGUUUUUAUGUGAUGCCUAAUCUGAUAGUCAUGCUCUGAGAAUGCCCACUGAAUACCAGAUUAAGCAUCUCAGGAUGAUACAAAAAGGGGUUGUCGAUUUGCCUGAGGAAAACAGAGAGGCUGCUUACAAUGCUAUUACCUUACCUGAGGAAUUUCAUGAUUUUGACCAACCACUUCCUGAUCUAGAUGAUAUUGAUGUGGCCCAGCAGUUCAGUUUGAACCAGAGUAGAGUGGAAGAAAUUACAAUGAGAGAAGAAGUAGGCAACAUCAGUAUCCUCCAGGAUAAUGACUUUGGUGACUUUGGGAUGGAUGAUCGUGAGAUGAUGAGAGAAGGUAGUGCAUUUGAGGAUGACAUGCUAGUGAGCACCAGUGCUUCCAAUCUCUUACUGGAACCUGAACAGAGCACCAGUCACCUCAAUGAGAAGUCUAAUCACCUGGAAUAUGAAGACCAAUACAAAGAUGAUAAUUUUGGAGAAGGAAAUGAUGGUGGAAUAUUGGAUGACAAACUUCUCAGCAAUAAUGAUGGUGGUAUUUUUGAUGACCCACCUGCACUCUCCGAAAGUGGAGUAAUGAUGCCAGAGCAACCUCCCCACGAUGAUAUGGAUGAUGAUGAUAAUGUAUCAAUGGGUGGACCAGACAGCCCAGACUCGGUAGAUCCAGUUGAACCGUUACCAACUAUGACUGAUCAGACAACGCUUGUUCCCAAUGAAGAGGAAGCUUUUGCUCUGGAGCCUAUUGACAUAACAGUCAAGGAAACCAAAGCAAAGAGGAAGAGAAAGCUGAUUGUGGACAGUGUGAAAGAACUGGAUAGCAAGACUAUUCGAGCUCAAUUAAGUGACUACUCUGAUAUUGUUACUACUUUGGACUUGGCACCUCCUACUAAGAAACUGAUGAUGUGGAAAGAAACUGGUGGAGUUGAAAAGCUUUUCUCUCUGCCUGCACAGCCUUUGUGGAAUAACAGGCUACUGAAGCUCUUUACUCGUUGUCUUACACCUCUGGUACCAGAAGACCUAAGAAAGAGGAGGAAAGGUGGAGAAGCUGACAACCUUGAUGAGUUCCUUAAAGAUUUUGAAAACCCAGAGGUUCCCAGAGAGGAGCAGCAACAACAGCAGCAACAGCAGCAACGAGAUGUUAUUGAUGAACCUAUUCUGGAAGAACCAAGUCGUUUACAAGAGUCGAUGAUGGAAGGCAGCAGAACCAACCUGGAUGAAUCUGUUAUGCCACCUCCACCACCUCAGACAGGUGUUAAACGCAAACUGCAGCAAGUAGAACCAGAGCCAGUGUUACCUCAUCAACCAUCACAACAGCUGGAAAUACCACCUGUAGAAAUGCCUCCAGAGGAGCCUCAAAACAUUUGCCAGCUAAUACCAGAGCUAGAACUUCUGCCAGAAAAAGAGAAGGAGAAAGAAAAGGAGAAAGAGGAAGAGGAAGAAGAGGAGGAAGAAGACGGCACAGGGGGUGAUCAGGAUCAAGAAGAAAGGAGAUGGAACAAGAGGACUCAACAAAUGCUUCAUGGACUUCAGAGAGCUCUCGCUAAAACUGGAGCAGAAUCUAUCAGUUUGCUUGAGCUGUGCAGAAAUACAAAUAGAAAACAAGCAGCUGCAAAAUUCUACAGUUUCCUGGUACUUAAAAAGCAGCAAGCUAUAGAGCUGACACAGGAGGAGCCUUACAGUGACAUCAUUGCAACACCUGGUCCCAGAUUUCAUAUUAUUUGAAUGGUUAGAUACAGCAGAGCUAGUGUUUGUUUCACUAGUGCGUACGUGUAUUGCCCCAUCUGUAGGGCCCACAAGACCAUUGCAGAAAGUUUAGAUUUUAUUGUCUGUAUAAAGUCCUUGGUUUUCUUUUGGGGUUAUUUUGGUUUUUGUAUUUUCCACUUUCCACUUAAAUUUUUAGUGAAACUGCUGGGGUGGGUGGCUUGAGUUCCAACUGCAGAAACCAGACAGCUCAAGGACCCAGGUAAAGAUUGUUUUAACAGCUCAGAGCAAUGUGUGCAAUAUUGGUGCAUGUAAUGUUGAGUAUCAAUGAAAACGUCUUACGAUAAUUUGCCUAGUUGAUGCAAUAGUGAUAUUUUUAACCUAUACAGGUAAAACCUGAACGGCCAACCUUUUGUCUGAUUAAAAACUUUGCCAAACUCGUCUAAGAUGUUCGGUCUGCUUCUCAUAGUAGUGGGUUUUUUUCCCCUUCUCUAGAUCUUUGUGCAUACCGUGGGUCUCUUAAAGCUGCCAAUAUGAAAGGUAGUGCCUGAUAUGUCAGCUUGCUUUGUCACUGCAUUUUUGCAGUCAGAUUUUUGUAGCCCUUGAUGCUAAGGGGAAACGGGUGUCUGUGGAAAGCACUUCCUCUACGUGAUACUGUUGCAUACAUGAAAGGACAGAACACGUGUUAAGCAUUUUAGACGAAACAUUCCUUUUCACUUAUCACCUCAUUAUGGUCCACUACUGAUAAUGGCUAAUUACUGUUAAUAAGCGUCAAAUAAAGACUCUAGUAAUUUCAUUUAAACCUUUUAAGAUAUCAAAGUGCUUUAGGUUUGUUAGAGCUGUAUAUAAACUCCAGACUUUUUAAAACAGACUUCUAGAUUGUAAAUUAUCUGAUUUUUAUUAAGCAGGCAUAUGAAGAUAAGAUUAAGAGAAGCUGGACAGAUUACCUUUGUAAAGAUGCUAAAUUCAGAUACCACCUGUACCGAAUGGGCAACAAACUUGAAUAAACAGUGCAAACGGGCACAGUUCCACUUAAUUGUGUAGUGUUUUAAUGGCUCUUUGGAUAUAUUUAUGGUUUUCGUAUCAGUUUUUCCAAUAAUGCACACUCCUGUGUUCAAAACAUUUUCUCAGUUUUGUAAAAAAGUCCCACUUGAUUUUACUUACAAAGAAUGAAGCUUUACUGUUAGACUAGGUAGCACCAGAAAUCAUGUGAAUAUGUUGAUUAUGGAAACCUGUCUUAACUUUUUUUUAGGGCAAAAUUAUUCACACUGAAGGUUCUGGUUUUAAUGUUGGCACUUUUGUGAAAUAAUUUUGGGACUCUGAAAUUUAAGUGUAUACUCAACUGUAAAAUUAUGUGAAUGUUUAAAAAAAAUCGGAGACUACAUGAUGACCAUGUUUUAAUAAUCCUUGAAAAACUUAAUUGUAUAAAGUUACUGCAGCUUUAUUUUCAACAUGAUGUGCCUGUAAAACCAUGAUUUUCCCCUUUGUAAAAAGAGACAUUGUAGAUAACUUGAAUGUUUAAUUAUAGAAAAGGUCAUUAGUUUCUUGUUACACAUUUUUAGUCUGUUUUUGUUGCUUUUCAAGGUUAAUAUUCUUGAAAAUAGUUGAUGCUGUUAUGUAUAACUUUUCUAAUAAAAGUUGUGUUAUAAGCUGUUA